AUGGGUGGGGAUUCUGACAAUGAAUCGAAAGAAGAUUUAAAUAAAAUAUUAUCUUCUUCAAAUACUUCUUUAAAAGAUAUGGAAGAAACCGAGGAUUAUUCACCGGUUUUAGGUAAUAAAAUUGAUCAUAAAAUCAGUUUUAUAAUGGUUAUGCUCUCCAUUGCUUUGUUGUUCCCAUAUUCAUCAUAUUUAGCAGUACUAGAUUACUUUGAUAUUUUAUAUCCAAAAUAUAAAACAACAUAUACAAUCCCAUUUGUUUAUAUGGUAAUGUUAAUUAUAGCAUUUUUAAUAACAUUACUUUACCCCCAAAAAGUAAAACACCAUUAUAAUAUUUUAGGCGGUUUUUUAGUAUACAUUAUUGCAUUAAUAAUUAUACCACUAAUAAACCUUACAAAAAUAAAUGGUUCAUUUGGAAGCUAUAUCAUCACAGUUGUUUUAAUAGGUGUAUCUGCUUUUGUCGAUGGGUUAAUUCAAUCUUCCGUUUUUGCAAUCGUAGGGCUAUUCGGCCCUAAAUAUUGUAUUUCUGCACAAAUAGGAAUUGGUUUAUCUGGUGUAAUUGGUGUUAUUAUAAGGGUAAUUAUAAAACUAAGUUUCAGUAAUAGUGGCCCAGAUAACAAAAUUGGAAUUAUUAUAUUUUUUAGUGUAGGAUGCUUUAUAAUUUUAGUUGCCAGUGUAUUAUUUAUCUAUUUGCUAAAAUCACCAAUAGGACAAAUAGUAAUGAAGAAACAAAACAUAACAUCAGGAAAUGAAUUAGACACACCACCCACCUCAAACUCCUCCUCCAAAACACCCCAACCCGCCACCAAUGAAGCAACUCCAUUUCAAAAUAUUUUAUAUGUUUGGAAAAAAAGUUCCCAUUAUAUCUGCUGCUUGGUAUUAUUAAUGUUCCUCUCUCUAUUUUUAUUCCCAGGUUUUAUGAUGCAAGUAAAUGUUCAGAAUGUUGCAAAAGAUUGGUAUAUGAUACUGGUUGUAACAAUUUAUAAUGUCUCCGAUUUAAUAGGUAAACUAUUCCCACUCUUUUUAAAGAAAACAAAUUAUAGUGUUUAUUUAAUUUGGGGAAUAACAUUAGGAAGGUUUAUAUUUGUAUUUUUAUUCUUUAUGUCAAUUUAUAAAGAUUCAUUUAGAGUAGAUGCACUAAUAUAUGUUUUCAUUGCCAUCUUUGGUUUUACAAAUGGUAUUGUUGCUUCAAUAUGCAUGGCCGAAGGACCCAAACAAGUACAAAGACAAUAUAAAGAACUAGCUGGUUCGAUGAUGUCUUUUUCAUUAGAUAUAGGGUUAUUAUUUGGUUCAGCUCUGGGCUUAAUAGUAUCAUUAGUGCAAUAA